UCAAAAUAUUCGUUAUUUUUCAUGAAUGUAAUGUUUUUUUAAUAACUGUAUUUUCAACACUUUUUCACGAGCCAUUUAAGACUACAUUACCCACAAUACGUCGCUGUGUUGCGAAACUAUGGCUGCCUGUUACUAAGUUAAUGCAGUUUAAAUAGUUUCCUUUGUCUGAGCAAGCUAAAAAUCGAUUCAUAUUUUAAAGCGAGUUGUGUAUCUAUUUAGAGUAAAUGUAUUUUUAGCUAGUUGGUUCGUUAAACUGCCACAACUUACCCACAAUGCAUCACGCCCCUGCUGAUGUUUGAAAACGGGACGUUUGUGUGUUUAUUUAAAAGCGCGUCAAAUGUUUUUAAAUUAUGUCAAACAAGUUACGCAACUUUUAACCAAUUUCAGUCGAUUUGGUCGAAAAUGGCGUUUAUUCUUGAGGGAGACGCGAAGAGUAGAUUUAGAGUUUACUGUUUUUAGUACUUUUUGGUUCGUUAAACUACAUUACCCACAAUGCAACACGCCCAUGGUGCUGUGUGAAAGCGGGUCGUUUGUAUGUUUGUUUGAAAGCGCGUCAAAUGUUUUUAAGUUAUGUCAAACAAGUUACGCAACUUUUAACUAAUUUCAGUCGACUUUGUCAAAAAAGGCGUUUAUUUUUGAAGGGGACGGGACAAAAUGGAAAAGUGCUCCCGCCGAAGCUAAAUCGCCGCAAUGCUAAAAACACACGUACGCUAGCUUGCUGGGUUUCUCCAAAAGUAAAAGCGAAAGAAGUUUUAAUGUUGUUUCUGAGUCAUUAUUUACUUUUUCCUCCACAACGAGAGAACAUGGUGCUUUUGCGUGAAGGGAUGUGUCCUGGACUGGAUGAAGAUUUAGUUCGUCGCUUGCGAAACGCUCAAGUCAAAACAGUGGAAGAUCUCGUCUCGUCGGAUAUGGAGGACCUCGCGCAGAAGUGUUCGGGGUCGUAUCAGGCUCUGAUAGCCAUCCGCAGGGUGCUGCUGGCCCAGCACGCCGCCUUCGCCGUGUCGGGAGCUGACCUCUAUGACGAGCUCCUCGCUUCCACCGCCAUCCUCUCCACCGGAAACUCUGCGCUGGACGCCCUGCUGGAUUCGGGUGUGUACACGGGCGAGAUCACAGAGCUGGCAGGCGGGCCAGGAAGUGGCAAAACUCAGGUGUGCUUGGGCACGGCAGCGCACGUCUCGCACCACCUGAGGCAAAACGUGGUCUACGUGGACACCACGGGGGGGCUGUCGGCCAGCCGUCUGCACCAAAUGCUGCGAAGCCAGACAAGUAGCGACACCGAGCAGAUGGAAGCCCUGCAGAGGAUCAGCGUGCAUCGCGCGUUUGACAUCUUUUCCCUGCUGGACCGUCUGUACCAACUCGGUGGCGACGGUCUUCGGCAGGAAGCGAGCGGCGGCUCCGCCAAGGCGCUGAUUGUGGACUCGGUGUCGGCCGUGAUCGCUCCUCUGCUGGGAAGCAGGCAUCAUGAAGGCAUGCACAUGAUGAGUCAAGUGGCCCUCGCCCUCAAGACCAUGGCCAAGGAUUUCAACAUCGCGGUUUUGGUGACCAAUCACGUGACGAGGAGCCAGGAGGGUGAGGUACGUCCGGGCCUGGGCGCGUCCUGGGGUCACGUCCCGAGAGUCCGAGUCCUGUUGGAGCGGCUUCCCGCCGUUGGCCGACCCGCCAUCCGCUCGGCGACCCUGAUCAAGUCUUCCAGGCGGCCGUGUUUCCUGCAAGCCGAGUUGGACUUGGAGAGUUGGAGUGGCUGCGAGCGCGCCAUGUCGGCAAAGCGGACGCUGGAUGCCGCGGUUUCUUGACAACCAUCGUCUGCCUUGAAAAGGAUUCUGGCUAGCAGGGAGGCACCACCCGCCUCUUGCGAAUGCACUCCCAGAUCCAGUUGGGCGACACCCGCUGGGCCCGGCCGGCGCCGCCCUCUUCCUCCCCGUCGCCCGCCAGCGUGUGGGUGGCCGAGGUGGCGUCGUAGUCG